AUGCAGCGGUCUCAUCGCCGCUCAACCAAAUGUGACUUCAAGUUUCCGGCCUGUACUUCCUGCAAGGUUGUAAAUGCGAGCUGCUUAGGUUUCGAUCCUGUGACAAGACAAGCAGUUCCAAGAAGGUCUUUGGAAGCCCGUGUGGCAGAACUCGAAGCCCAGGUGCUUCCAUUCCGCGCCGGUUCUCAGAAUGCGUCAUACUUGAUGUCUAUGAAGGUGGCCCAGGCCACAAUGUCGGUAGGAUUACCUUCAUCGGGGACGUAUUUGCGCUCUCAGAUCUCCCCAGCGCUAUUCUUUCGUCCCUCCUGUCCACCAUUUGCUGUUGUUCGAGAGCGAAGGCAGGACUCGCCGAGCAUGCAGAAAUCACCGCCUGCCGUCCAUGAAAAGCUGCAGGUGCCAAAGCGGCAAGCCAAACAUUCUCCUGGCAAUGUGGUGAAUUUAAGUAGCGUUCCAUUCCCUGCCAUCCAACGAAUGAUACUUAACUACGUCGACAUUCACCUACCACAGUAUCCUUGUGUUUCGCAAUCCAUGCUGGAAGACAUUGUCGAAAAGACCCAGCACGAAGAACUUGGGGAUACAAGUUCUCUGCUGCUUUACGGAACUCCGGUAGCACCAGGCCUAGGACACUUUGAAUAUUUUGUACUGUUAAUUGUUCUCGCUAUAUCAGCGAUGACUCUCACAUGGAAAGCGGAUGAUCAAGCUCGGGCUGCGUCAGAUACCUUCUACAAUUCGGCCAUUAAGCAUCUUCAGGUCUUCAAAGAUCCAGGAGAAAUACAGGCUCUUCAAAUUUCCCUUCUUCUAGCUCACUACGCGCAUCUAUGCCCGGAAAGAGUGGACAAUUGGACGUGCAUUGCCAACGCGGCCAGAAUUGUUUUAAGUUUGGGAUUGUACAUGGAAUGUCCCGAGGGACUUGUUUGA